AUGAAAUUUUCAAUCUCCGCUUCUCUUGCUCUGCUCGCCACAGUCACUCCGGCUUUGGCUGCCUCAGCAAUCGCUGAAGUGUACAUCAAGAGUGAACUCAGAUCCGACCGCUACUACCCUAGCAACCUUGAGUGUGUGAAGGCCGAAGCUCCUACUGUCAAGGUCACCGAGAUCGAGCUCUAUCCUAUCCAAUUCUCGGACAUCAACUGUCAGAUCUACACUGAGGCGGAAUGCAAGGGAGAUAGUUACAGCAUCAAAGCUGCCGCAGGUUCGGCAGGAAAGCAGCAGAAGUUCAGCAAGGACUUCUAUGCGGGAAGCUUCCAGUGUUCCGGCCUCUAG